GACAAGCGCGGUGUCAUCAUCAUCAAUAGACAUAGCCCGCUGUCAUCAUUGAAACGCAGUAUGAAAAAAAAUUAUAGCCCGGGACAUCCUGGCUACGAUCUGGCGAUGGGCUAAACAAUAGGAUGUCAAUAGCCUGGUCUAAGUCGAUAGUUUCCAAGUAGGAAACGAAAUACGUAUCUGCUUGUUGAUACAUAAAAAAUUUAAUAGUGGAAGUAAAUGGAAGAAUAAUAGUAUUUUAACCUUGAAUACAGCAAAGCCAAUCUGUUUGAAAAUAUGGAAUUUGAAGUGCUGGAUUUGACAAUAUCCUGCCGUUUGUGCUUAGUUCCAAUUGUGGACAAUGCGAUUGACUUGUAUGCCGAACAGCUGAUGGUACAACUUGAGACCGUUUUUCAAGUGUCGUUCCAAAAGGAGGAAUGGUACCCACGCGCGAUUUGUUCGGAAUGUCAAACGCUGGUAGCAAAAAUUCACAAUUUUGUGCAGAAAGUUCGAGCCAAUCAGGAUUAUCUGCAGUCGUUAAAUUUAUCGGAAGAGGAAGCACCAGAAUUAAAUUCAAAGGGAACUCUUGUCGUAAUUGAGGAAUGUUCGGGUGACGAGAUAAAAGAAGAACCCAUCUUAGCAGAAGACAAUACAGUGGAGAUCACUUCCGACAAUGAAAACGAUCAGCAUCGGGAACCCACAGAUGGCAACCAAUCUGAAAGCGAUGAAAAAUGUGUUUCAGAUGUAUUACAUUCGGAGGUCGAAAUUCAGGAUUGUUCAGAGGACGACACGGAAGACAAACCUACCUUAGCGGAAGAAAAUACAGUGAAGAUCAUUUCGGACAAAGAAAACGACCAGCAUCAGGAACCCACAGAUGGAAACCUACCUGAAAAUGAUGAAAUAUGUAAUUUAGAUGAGACUACAGGAAAAAAAUCCCCUGAGAAAAGGAAGUUGAAACAGAAUCAGUCAGUUCGAACAAAUCAUUCCGAAGAAGACGAUCUCAUCAGACGUUACUAUGAGUUUCGGUGUGAUCUUUGUCCGAAAGAAGCACCAAAUUUCAAAGCACUUUUAGCACACUUUAGAGAGAAGCAUAACAUCUGUGGUUAUAUAAAGUGUUGUAAUAAAAAGCUGUAUCGUCGUUGCCGCCUAUUGGAACACAUCUCAAAACAUCUGGAUCCGGAUACCUUCCGGUGUGGUAUAUGUAACAAGGUUUACUCCUGUCGGACUAGCCUGGAUUUACACAACAUGCAUAUGCAUCUAUCGGACAGCGAUAAACCCCAUAAAUGUCCGGUCUGCUCAAAAUCUUUUGCCAAAGAUUAUCAGCUAAAGACUCACAUGGUACGACACAUAGCAGUCGAAUGUCCAGAAUGUGGACGGAUCAUGUCUAGUCGGUUGUCCCUACGAGAACAUCUGAUCAAGAUGCAUAGUCAUGUUGGCCAAAAAUCGUUUGUGUGCGACAUCUGCGGAAAGGAGUUCCGUUCAAAACUUUCGUUCGAAAGGCAUAUUCUACUGCAUCAGGGCAUAGUGCCGGACAAUCGGAUUCAGUGCCACCUGUGUCCGCGGUGGUUGGCGAAUAAAAUAGGGCUGCAAAAACACAUACGCACGCAGCAUAUCGAAGCCGGGGAUAAAUUUGUUUGUGGCGAUUGCGGAAAAAUUGCACCGAACUCGGCAGCCCUGCAGCAACACCGGAGAGUGGUUCAUUCGGAGUUGAAAUUCGCCUGUGAGAUGUGUGGAAAGAAGUUCAAGAGAGCGAUAUCCCUGAAGGAACAUCGGGCAAUUCACACCGGUGAAUCACUCUAUUCGUGUCGAUUUUGUCCAACAACCUUCAUAUCAAAUGCCAACAUGUAUUCCCAUCAGAAGAAAAUGCAUCCUGAUGAGUGGCAGAAACGAAAAGCGGAUAUACAAGAGAAAACGGGUACGCUUUAGGUUUAUGAUUCUAGCGGUCGGACAAAGGUAAGUUAGAUCACAAGAAAAACAUGAAUUAGAUGUCUACAAAUGUGCAUUAGGUA